UCAUGCACACUGCACUCCAGCCUGGACAGCAGAGUGGAGACCCUGUCUCUACGUAAGAAAAAAAAAGAAAAUGACCUUGCCUUUCUGCUCAAAACAUUUCUUCCCACUGUCACUGUAUGUUUGCAUCUUCCAUCCUUAGUGUGUGCUUCCAUUCAGUCAGGUCUUGACCUACUGCAUGUUGGACUCUUGGCUAGGCUUUGGGGCUGCAGAAAGGAGCCCAUUCACACAAUCUUGUGAACAGACUGUGACUAAACAGAGAAUCAGUGCCGUGCCCUUGUGUGUUAGCUCAGGAGGCCAGCCUGAGGAGUCGGGAGGCUUCUCCUAAGCAAAAUACCACCAGAAUCAAGUCUUGGUGGUUGGACAAGAACUCCAUCACCCCAAAAGGAGUGAGAGCCUGCCUUUAAGCAGCUAAUAGAUAAUCUCAGAGCCUAUGAGCCAAAAUACCCUGGAAUGACUCCACUUUAUCCCCAUCUCCUUGCCCCUUUGGCCAAAAUCCAUUCACCACCAAGUCCCUCACACUGGCUCCACUGGUGCGAAAACACUGAGACUUCAGAAUGCUGCUGCGCUAAUAUGGCUGGCUGAGGCUGCCCAAGGCCAUAGAAGGAGGAAGUGGAUAAAUGGCUUCUCCAGAAAGAUACAGCAGCCUCAGGUCAUAUCAGGGGGCAGCAGCAGCAGCUUCCUUCCCCCACCUCUGGCCAAGUCACAAAGUGCCACAGCAGUGCAGCCAGCUGGAUGAAGGAAGGGAGGAGAACGUGGCCUAGAGUAGAGCUGUAUGGACCUGUUAGUUCACAGCUCCACCAUCCCAAGCAGAAAGUGAUGGUAGGUCAGACUAGCAUGGUGGUAGUAUAGCUGGGGUUAAGAUUCAAGAGACAUAGCUGAGGCAGAGCCAACAGGACUUGGUUAUAAACUGCUCUCAGGAAAAGGGAGGAGUCAUGGCUUUCAGCCAUAAGCAUCCACCCCCCAGGGUGGCCUCAUCCCCUUUUUCUUAAUCCUAGAGACCAUAUGGGUCCAGGGGCUAUAGCCCUUUGCCCACUGCUCAGCAAGUUACUUUGGGUUCCAGCUUGAUAAAAAAAAAAAAAAAAAAAAGACUUCCUGUAGUGGAAACUGAAGGGAAGAGGAAGGAUCUGGUCCAUUACUGCCUAGGAGCUUUCAGGAGAAGGAGGAUGGCCAGAGCUUUGUGUCUACUACAUGCCCUCUGGCUUCUGGAGUGGGCGCUGCUGCUCUCAGGACCUGGUGCUGCCCCUCCUGCCUGGGCCUUGAACCUGGAUCCAGUGCAGCUCACCUUCUAUACAGGCCCCAAUGCCAGCCACUUUGGGUUUUCAUUGGACUUCCACAAGGACAGCCAUGGGAGUGUGUCCAUCGUGGUGGGCGCCCCGCGGGCCCUGAGCCCCAGCCAAGAGGAGACGGGUGGCGUGUUCCUGUGUCCCUGGAGGGCCGAGGGCGGCCAGUGCACCUCACUGCUCUUCGACCUCAGUGAUGAGACCCGAAACGUAGGCUCCCAAAUUUUGCAAACAUUCAAGAUCCGGCAAGGGCUGGGAGCGUCGGUCGUCAGCUGGCGCGACAUCAUUGUGGCUUGCGCCCCCUGGCAGCACUGGAACGCCCUAGAAAAGACCGAGGAGGCUGAGAAGACGCCUGUUGGUGGCUGCUUCUUGGCUCAGCUCCAAAACGGCGGCCGCGCGGAGUACUCCCCCUGCCGAGCGAACACCAUGAGCGGCGUUUACGCAAAAACUCAUUAUGACCGGGACAAGCGCUACUGCGAAGCCGGCUUCAGCUCAGUGGUCACCCAGGCUGGAGAACUGGUGCUUGGGGCUCCUGGCGGCUACUUUUUCGUAGGUCUCCUGGCCCGGGCUCCAAUUGCCAAUAUCAUCUCGAGUUACCGCCCGGGCACCCUUUUGUGGAACGUGCCCACCCAGAGCUUCACCUUGGACUCCAGCAGCCCAGAGUGGUUCGACGGCUACCGGGGGUACUCAGUGGCCGUGGGCGAAUUCGACGGGGAUCUCAGAACUACAGAGUAUGUCUUCGGUGCCCCUACUUGGAGCUGGACCCUGGGAGCGGUGGAAAUUUUGGACUCAUACUUCCGAACGCUGCACCGGCUGCACGGAGAGCAGAUGGCUUCGUAUUUCGGGCACUCAGUAGCCGUCACUGACGUCAACGGGGAUGGGAGGCACGACCUGCUAGUGGGUGCCCCACUGUACAUGGAGAGCCGGGCAGACCGCAAGCUGGCCGAAGUGGGGCGUGUGUACUUGUUCCUGCAGCCCAGAAGUCCCCACGCCCUGGGCUCCCCCAGCCUCCUGCUGACCGGCACACAGCUCUAUGGGCGAUUUGGCUCUGCCAUUGCGCCUCUGGGCGACCUCAACCGGGAUGGCUACAAUGAUGUUGCAGUGGCUGCCCCCUAUGGGGGUCCCAGUGGUUGGGGCCAGGUACUGGUGUUCCUGGGUCAGAGUGAGGGCCUGAGCUCACACCCCUCCCAGGUUCUGGACAGCCCCUUCCCCCCAGGCUCUGGCUUUGGCUUCUCCCUUCGAGGUGCUGUAGACAUCGAUGACAACGGAUACCCAGACCUGCUGGUGGGAGCUUAUGGGGCCAACAAGGUGGCUGUGUACAGAGCUCAGCCAGUGGUGAUAGCCACUGUCCAGUUGUUGGUACAAGAUUCACUGAAUCCUACUGUGAAGAACUGUGUCCUGCCCCAGACAAAGACACCAGUGAGCUGCUUCAAUAUCCAGAUGUGUGUGGGAGCCACUGGGCACAACAUUCCUCAGAAGCUGCACCUGAAUGCCGAGCUGCAGCUGGACAGGCAGAAGCCCCGCCAGGGCCGGCGGGUGCUCCUCCUGAGCUCUCAACAGGCGAGCACCACCUUGAACCUGGACCUGGGAGGAAAGCGCAGCCCCAUCUGCCAAACCACCACCGCCUUCCUUCGAGAUGAGGCAGACUUCCGGGACAAGCUAAGUCCCAUCGUGCUCAGCCUCAAUGUGUCCCUGCCCCCCAAGGAGACUGAACUAGCCCCUGCUGUCGUGCUGCAUGGAGACACUCAUGUCCAGGAGCAGACUCGCAUCGUCCUGGACUGUGGGGAAGACAAUGUGUGUGUGCCCCAGCUUCAGCUCAAUGCCAACGUGACGGGCUCCCCGCUCCUAGUUGGGGCAGAUAAUGUGCUCGAGCUGCAGAUGGACGCAGCCAACAAGGGCGAGGGGGCCUACGAGGCGGAGCUGGCCACCCGCCUGCCCGCCGGGGCCCACUACAUGCAGGCCCUGAGCAACGUGGAGGGCUUUGAGAGGCUCACCUGUAACCAGAAGAAGGAGAAUGAGACCAAGGUGGUGCUGUGUGAGCUGGGCAACCCCAUGAAGAAGAACACCCGGAUAGGAAUCACGAUGUUGGUGAGCGUGGGGAACCUGGAAGAGGCUGGAGAUUAUGUGUCCUUCCAGCUGCAGAUCAGGAGCAAAAACAGCCAGAAUCCAAACAGCGAGACUGUGCAGCUGAAUGUGCCGAUCCGGGCAGAGGCCCAAGUGGAACUGCGAGGGAACUCCUUUCCAGCCUCCCUGGUGGUGGCGGCAGAAGAAGGUGACAGGGAGCAGGACAGCUCGGACAGCCUGGGCCCCAAAGUGGAGCACACCUAUGAGCUCCACAACAAUGGCCCUGGGACUGUGAGUGGCCUCCGCCUCAGCAUCCACCUCCCCAGCCAGUCUCAGCCCUCUGACCUGCUCUACAUCCUGGACAUACAGCCGCAGGGGGGCCUUGAGUGCUCCCCACAGCCCUCCCCCAACCCUCUCAAGCUGGACUGGAGGCUGCCCACCCCCAGCCCUUCCCCCAGCCACCCUGGGCAUCACCGGCGGGACCGCAGACACGCCGUACCCCCAGGGCCCAAGCAGCCCUCGAAGCUUCAGGACCUGGUUCUCGUGAGCUGCGACUCGGCGCCCUGUACGGUGGUGCAGUGUGAGCUGCAGGAGAUGGCGCGCGGGCAGCGGGCCAUGGUCACCGUGCUGGCCUUCCUGUGGCUGCCCAGCCUCCGCCAGAGGCCCCUGGAUCAGUUUGAGCUACAGUCCCACGCUUGGUUCAACGUCUCCUCCCUUCCCUACGCGGUGCCCGCGCUCAGCCUGCCCAGCGGGGAAGCCGUGGUGCGGACAAAGCUGCUUCGGGUGCCUGAGGAAAGGCCUGUUCCAAUCUGGUGGGUGCUGGUGGGCGCGCUGGGCGGCCUGCUGCUGCUCACCCUCCUGGUCCUGGCCAUGUGGAAGCUUGGCUUCUUCAAGCGGAAUCAGCCACCCCUGGAAGAAGAAGAUGAAGAGGAGGAGUGACAGCACAGCCCGCUCUGUUCUAGCGGGAAGGCUGGGUGUGGUGCCUGCUGUGCCCCUUCUCCACUGAGUUGCCUUGGAGCUCUCAUACCCAUGGGUCGGAGCUGUUCCAUUGGGCCCUGCUGGUGUUCUUCCCCUCCCAACACACUGGGCCACCCCCUUUCCCCCUUUCCACCCCCUUUCCUUAGCCUAAUAAAGAGGCUAAGUCCCAAA